AUGCGAGACGUGUUUUCUGCACAACCGACACGACGGUUCGUCCACGGUUUUAUCGUCUUUGGCGUGCAAAUGCAACUGUGGGUCUUCGACCGAUCUGGGGCGUACAGCUCUCAAACAUUCAACAUCCGCCAGGAACCACAACAAUUCGUCCGCGUGCUGGCGGGGUACACUUUGAUGACCGCAGAAGAGCUGGGUCUUGAUAUGUUCAUGCAGCGCGAUGGGUUCUAUCCUUCGGUCACGCUGUCAGAUCCUGUGACGGGCAAGGAGUGCAGCUUCCAACUGGAACUGUCUCCCUUCUUCAAGCAAUCAGCCAUAGCCUGUCGAGGGACAACAUGUUAUCGCACUACUGAUGGGAAACAUGUAGUCAAGUUCUCGUGGGGACCUGACAAGCAGCGAUCUGAGGUCGAUCACCUGGCAAAAGCUCAAGGCGUCAGGGGCAUUCCUACGUCGGCAGGGGCAUCCACAGUUACGACGAUCAACGAGUUGCACGCCGGCCUGAGGAUCAGAAAACUUCGCGAUCUCGGACAUGCGGUGCACGAGAGAACCGUCGAUGCAUCACAGUUGUCCUUCACCAGUCAGUCCACUCAGCAGUUGGAGUCUCUCAGCGUCAGUGGCACCAAGCGCAAGGCCACCCAACGAGGUGGAAGUCCUCCCAAGAGAUCACGCUCCAACAGUCAGCCAUCCAGCCUGUGUCAAGAAAUCCAGCCUGGCGAACUUGAACAGCGCCAGGUAUCGACCAUGCCACCACCCAAUUCGCCGCAGCAAAAUCGGAUAUUGACGUGCCUUGCCAUUAGCCCCGCUGGACGCCCCCUACAGGACUUUGCGAACGUCUGCGAGGUGUUGGAAGCAUUUCGAGACGCCAUCAGGGCACAUUGGAAUCUGUUCAACCAUCGGAAGAUUCUGCACCGGGAUGUGUCACACGGCAAUAUCAUCUUGACCAGUCCGGACCAGAAUGGUGGAUGCUCGGGCAUGCUGAUUGACUACGAUCUCGCGGUGCAUAUUGGCUAG